AUGUUCACAUCAAGUAGGCAAGCUGCCAGACACUGCACCCCAAUAUGCAAACAGUACUUUAGAUCUGUACAUACUGUUCCUAGAUUAACUCAAAAAGUUGAUGCAGGUAUCAACGGUCUUUAUUCCCAAGAACAAACCAGAAUGGCUUGGUUUGACUAUCAAGAUUAUCUCGUUAAGAACUUAACCCUUUUGACUAAUGGUACUGCCAAUGAAACCAGAAGUCCUUAUCAAAUCUUACUUAAUACUGCCAAACAACCAGUCAAUCAACAUGUAUUCCAUUAUGCAUCUCAAGCACACAACAAUCAUUUCUUCUUUGAACAAUUGGCAAAUAAAGAAGAAGCACAAUUAACUAGACCAUCCAGAUUCAUUAUGGAUAGAUUGAUACGUAAUGACAUACCUGAUAUCAGUGUUCUCAAGGAAAAGAUGUUGACAUUGGCUGAGAAUUCAGUUGGACAAGGAUGGGUGUUUUUAGUUGAAACCCCUUAUAAAUCAUUCCAAAUAAUUAAAUGUAAUAAUGAUGGUACACCAUACUAUUAUGGAAAGAACCAAUCAUUGGACUUGAAUGGUGGUGUUGAUGAAAGUGCCUAUCAAUAUUUAGAAAACUUGAAAGAAAGAGCUGCCAAGAGAGAACGUGAUUAUAAUUUACCAAUUUUGGCUAUAAGUUUUUGGGAUCAAUCAUAUAUUAAAGAUUAUGGUCUUGGAGGUAAGAAAGAAUAUUUGGAAAGAGUAUGGGAUUGUAUAGAUUGGAAUGUUAUUAACAAGAGAUUCUUCCAAGUUUAA